CUCAGAAACUGGUGACGCGACUGAAUCCUGAGUUCUUAUUGGUCGGGACUCUGAGUUGUGAUUGGUCAGAGCGCUGAUAUAAAAACUCCUCCCCCCUCACAGGAGACACAUUCCCGCUGAAGACAGGAGCAGCAGCGUCUGUAACUUUCUCUCACCGAGUUACACAGCGUUAAAGAGAGUUAAAUAGAGUUAAUCUUUUAUUAUUAUCAUUUUAUUUGUGUGUUUAUAGUGUGUAUAGUGUGAGAGAGUGCAGUGAGAGAUGGCUCGUGCAGUUCUGAAAGCUCUGAUUUUCCUCACAGUUUCUCUUCAUCUUUCAUCAGCAGUCACACACUCUCUGCAGUACAUCUACACUGGAGUUACACCAGGAAUAAAUUUCCCAGAAUUCACUCUUGUGGGUCAGGUGGAUGGAGAGCAGUUUGACUACUAUGACAGUAACAUCAGGAACAUGAUCCCGAAGACGGAGUGGAUACAGAAGCACGAGGGAGAAGAUUACUGGAGCAGAGAGACACAGCGUGCGCAGGGUAAUCAGGAGAGCUUCAAAGUCAAUGUGGCUAUACUGAUGCAGCGCUUUAACCAGACUAAAGGAGUUCACACAGUGCAGCUGAUGUACGGCUGUGAGCUCGAUGAUGACGGCACCACUAGAGGAUACAUGCAGUUCGGUUAUGAUGGAGAAGAUUUCAUCAGUCUGGAUCUGAAAACUAAAACCUGGAUCGCUCCGAAACCUCAAGCUGUGAUCACCAAGAACAAGUGGGAUCCUAAUACUGCUAAUAAUGAUUACUGGAAGAACUACCUGGAGAAAGAGUGUAUCAACUGGAUAAAGAAGUACGUGUCUUACGGCAGAGAGACUCUGGAGAGGAAAGUUCGUCCCGAGGCGUCAGUGCUCCAGAAACACUCUCCUUCUGCAGAGGUGGUGUGUCAUGCUACAGGUUUCUUCCCCAAAGCAGUGGUGAUCUCCUGGCAGAAGGACGGAGAGGAGGUGCAUGAGAACGUGGAGCUCAGAGAGACGUUACCCAACCAGGAUGGAAGCUUCCAGAAGAGAAGCAUUCUGACAGUUCCAGCUGAGGAGCUGCAGAAACACAACUACACCUGCGUGAUUCAGCACAGCAGCUUGGAGAAGGAGUUAGUGCUGCAUGUGAGAGGUGGAGGAUCAGAUGGAGGAUCAGAUGGAGCACCGGUUGCUAUCAUCGUUGCUGUAGUCGCGGCUCUCGUUGCUCUCGUUGCCGUUGUUGCUGGAAUUGUGGUCUGGAAGAAGAAGAACUCUGGCUUUAAACCUGUUCCAGCCAAAGCCGCCUCUGAAGGAGAUUCUUCCUCCAACAACUCUUAAAGUGGGACUGUGUGUCUUCCUGCUGAACUGAGAGAGAGAGAGGAGGAGAGGGAGAUGAGGAACACACACUCACACACACAUGCAUGCACACACAUACACACACACACACACACACACACACACACACACACACACAUUAUUCCAGUGAGUAAUCUUGUUGUAUGAUUUUCUUGGUGUUUGGAUGGAGGAGCUUUUUAUUGUGAAUCUGUUGUUAUUGCUGUAAAAUGGGAUUAUUAGGGAUUGUUAGGGUUUUAAUUUUUUGCUCUGUGUAAAUUCUCGUAGUUUUCUGUGUGAUUGGGUUUGAUGUGUGUGUGUGUGUGUGUUUGCCGCUGUGCUGUUCUGUGCCACUGAGCUCAGCGCUGUAGGAUCCUGCUUUUGGGGGAAACCAGGUUUUGGAGUAAAGAUGGUCAGUGAUGGCGUCAUAGCGAGUCACUUUCCAUUCUUCCUCUGAGAUCUCCGUCGCUCACAGCAAUGAAACACACACAAGCAGAUUUAAACCUGUUCUGUGCAACACGUCUGGAUGAUGAACGCAGCUUUACACUCGCCUUAUUUUAUAUUCAGUACAACCUUCCUGAUACACACACACACACACACACACACACACACACACAGUGAUUCUGAGCUUCUUUACUCUGUACAUUUACAACAUGAUUUACUGUAGAAUUGAAUUCAGAUCAUAAGGUCAGUACAUGAGAGGUUUGAUUUACAUCUUUUAGCUUUUAAUCCAGUGAGAUUUUCCUCAGUAGCUGUUUGUGGAGCUGAUUUGUGCUUCGUAUCGGACAGAAACUGGGGCUUCAGAUGUGAUUGGUGUUGAACAGAUUGGACUAAAGUGGAAAAGAACAGGAGUGAACACAGCAGAAGCAGGAGCUCAUGCUGGAUGAUCAGCACUCAGAGAAAACACAAAUCAACUAAAUGACACGGCACUGAUUCCAUUAUUUAAUUAUUUAACUCGAUUUAAAGCAAAUAACAAUCCAUUAAACACGUUUUCACAUCUGUAUGACCCAAAUCUCCCACAAUGCAUCUGUUCUGUCAGUGUAACAAUCUGAAUGAAUAAUAAAGUGUAUUUUCUUCA